UGUAUGCAGUGUAAUAAAUUGUAUGGUUACGAUGAGUUUUGCGGACAAAGUGGUGUUGGUGACGGGAGGCAGCUCGGGUAUCGGCGCCGCUGCGGCCGUGUUGUUCGCUAAGGAGGGGGCGGCUGUGGCGGUGGUGGGCCGCAACCGAGCCAAACUGGACAGCGUGGCGCAGCGCUGCCGAGAGCUGGGCGCGCGCACGCUCCUCAUCACCGCCGACAUCGCCAACGACCAGGAGGCCAGCACCAUCGUGCAGAAAACCAUCGAUGAGUUCGGAAAACUCGAUGUUCUCAUCAACAAUGCUGGUAUCACACAUUUGGCAGGACUACAGAGUACCAACAUUAUGGAGUCAUACGACAUGGUUAUGAACACAAAUCUUCGAGCCACGGUCUACAUCACCAGCCUAGCGGUUCCUCAUCUUAUAUCAACUAAAGGAAACAUUAUAAAUAUAUCAAGUACGCUUGGAAAAGCCUCGAAUAAACGAAUGUUGGCUUACUGCGUAUCUAAAGCAGGUUUGGAUCAUUUUUCUAAAGUCAUAGCUUUAGAACUGGCGUCAUCUGGAGUGAGAGUAAACACUGUGAGGUUAGGACCGGUGAUAACUGAUAUUCUGGAGAAUGCUGGACUUCUUUUUACAUGGGAUGACUUGGCUAAGGAAACUCCGCUUAGAAAAGUUGCCACUGCUGAUGAAGCAGCUGAUAUGAUAUUAUUCUUGGCAAGCGAUAAGGCUAAGAGCGUCACUGGGGGUGAACUUACAAUAGACAAUGGCAUUUUGAUUAAAUAAUAACCAAGGUUUUGUUUAUGUUUUGGAUUUGAAAUGCUGAAACUACAGGAUUGCUAAAUAUAUCAGAAGGAUUUACAAAAAAUAUAUUAAAAAGUUUUCGGAUUCGUUUUAUCUGCAGCAAUC